AUGAAACACAUCAUGUUAUCCUAUCAGCACGAUACUCAAGAUCUUGUGAAAGAGAUAUUUCAAGAACUGAGAAGAGAAAAUAUACCUGUGUGGAUGGACAUAUACGAUGGUAUCGCCGCAAAUUUAAAUCAAGAAAUGGCCGAAGGAGUUGAGAACAGUGCAGCUGUGUGUUUUUUCAUGUCGAAAGAGUACCAGAGCUCAUCAAACUGUAGAAAAGAGUUACAAUAUGCUGAAAGUCUAAAUAUACCUCUAAUACCAUGCAGAUUGCACGCUGACUGGAAGCCAAGUGGUUGGUUAGGACUGAUUUCAGCUGGAUUAAAAUGGUUCGACUUCCGUGAUAAAUCUGAUAAACCAAUUAAUAUGGCUAUGGACAAACUAAUCUAUCAUAUACAGGUCAAGAUAUAUCAUAUUGAGCCAACUGUCUUUCCAGAUGCGCUAAUAGAACCAGUAUAUUUUCGUAAUCGUCAUAAAAAGUUGGUAGUGGAAGAGAAUCUGUCCUCGUCAGUGAGUGGUCCUUCUUCGGCGCAGAAUAGUCUCACUACAUUAGUUUCUCCCAGCUUUCAAUCCGGAGGUGAAAAUUACGCCCUUAACAAAGAACCAACGUCGGCAAUUAAAAAGCAGUCACGAUUUCUUGAUAUUCAAGAUAGACCAUCUCUAAUGUUGUCUCCGAUUUCCGAUUACGCAAACUCUCCGCUCUUACCACUGGAAACCUCUGUUAAACCGCUUCACCAUUUGGUUCCAAAUCUCAAUCGAUGUGUUUAUAUUGCAAAGCAAAACACUAAGAAUAAUCUCGAUGGUUUAACAUCUGAUGAGGCAGCAUCAAUACAUCUGUAUACCAUGGAGUGGGAUGAAUCUAAUCAGAGUCUAUAUUCUCAGUUAAAUCGAGCACUACGUGCUGUAGAGCGUGAGACAUUAAUACCGUACUUUAGUUAUUUAAAGCUAUUUCUUACAGCUCUCUACAAAUUACCAUCGAUCAGAGCUACAGUAUGGCGAGGUGUUAAAACGCAUAUUAACUCGAGCUAUAGAAGUGGAAUGCGUAUAGUAUGGUGGGGAAUUUCCUCAUGCACAUCGUCCGUUAGCAUGUUAGAAUCAGAAACGUUUCUUGGAAAAACCGGAAUAAGAACAUUGUUCUCAAUUGAAUGUUUUAAUGGUAAGAGAAUUAACCCUUAUACUUAUUAUAAAACCGAAGACGAAAUUCUAUUACUUCCCGGUUCUUACUUUGAAGUAGUUAGUGAAUUAGAUGCUGGUCGUGACCUACAUAUUAUCCACAUGAGAGAGAUCACACCUCCGUUCCCAUUAAUCGAACCACCAUUCGGUUUGCCAGCAACAGAAAUAAAUUUAACGUCACCAAAUGGUACAAUUCGUGGUAAAAGUGAUACAAGCACGGCGACGAAUGCAUCGUCAUCCUCAAAUCUGAAUAAAGCAAAACAACCAGUAAGAAGAAUCUCAGUAUCAAAGCAUUCUAAGCUAUCGCAAUCAUUCAAAGAUUAA